AAUUAGAUUAGACAAAAAAAUAGAAAGAAAUAAAAGGAAAAAAGGAAAUAAAAAAAUAGGAAAGGCAAAAAAAACGCUUAGCAUCUCUCCGGCGACUUGAACCCAAACCUGAGGAUCAAAUUAGGGCACAAGGGACUCUCGGAGACUGAAGCCAUGGGAAGGAAAAAACUAGAAAUCAAGCGAAUUGAGAACAAAAGUAGCCGACAAGUCACCUUCUCCAAACGUCGCAAUGGUCUCAUCGAGAAAGCUCGUCAGCUUUCUGUUCUCUGUGACGCAUCCGUCGCUCUUCUCGUCGUCUCCGCCUCCGGCAAGCUCUACAGCUUCUCCUCCGGUGAUAACCUGGUCAAGAUCCUUGAUCGUUAUGGGAAACAACAUGCUGAUGAUCUCAAAGCCUUGGAUCUUCAGUCAAAAGCUCUGAACUAUGGUUCGCACCAUGAGCUACUAGAACUUGUGGAAAGCAAUCUUGUGGAAUCAAAUGUCAACAAUGUAAGUGUCGAUGACCUCGUUCAACUGGAGGAACACCUUGAGACCGCCCUCUCCGUAACUAGAGCCAAGAAGACAGAACUAAUUUUAAAGCUUGUUGAGAACCUCAAAGAAAAGGAGAAAUUGCUGAAAGAAGAGAACCAGGUUUUGGCUAGGCAGAUGGAGACGAAUCAUGUUGUUGGGGCAGAAGCUGAUAUGGAGAUGGAGAUGUCACCUGCUGGACAAAUCUCCGACAAUCUUCCGGUGACUCUCCCGCUGCUCAAUUAGGGCGGUUGAUAUCAAAAAUCCAAAACAUAUAUAUAAUUAAGGGAAGAAAAAAAAAAAAUAUGUAAUUAUUCCGCUGAUAACGGCGCGUGGUAUACUGUUAUGUAUGUAUAUCUUAACACUCCCUCCUCUCUCUCUCUUCUCUCUCUCUUUGGCUUGUGUGUGAUACUUAAAAGUAGAUUGAAAGUCAAAUAUUAUCUGUUUAAGACAGAACUAUGAUGAAACUUUGUACCUUAUUCGAGA